CAUGCCAACUUCUUAUCCCGUGGUUCCUCCAGAACUUUUAGAAAGAUUCGUAGGUGAAUUGGGGCCCGUCGUUCUCGAAGCCUACCCUUUCCCCAAGGAUGGACGGAGACGGGACGCUCUGCGUGCGUGCCUCCUCGCUUCGCGUGCCCUCCGCCAUUUCGCACUUCCCUAUCUCUACAACCACAUCGUCAUCACCGACCAGCACGUCAACGACCCCACACCUACCCCCACCUACCUGCGUCAACUCCGCGACAUCCUCGCACCCGACGUCGAAUUGCCACUGGCCGCACUGACCAGAGUAGCACCUUGCGUCAAUGUCCUGGUCAUCAAAGUCGCCAAGCGGAAUUAUGACGAUCCCUACGCUCCGGAUGGGGUGACAUCGUUGACGAAAGACGAAAACCUCCCGCUCAUUCUUUACGCCCUUCACCACGGAGGGGCAGCGCUCAAACAGCUCGACAUAAUUUUCGAGACCCACAAGGAUCCUUCCUGGCCAAACUUACCCGCCAACUUCCGCGCAGCACUCGCGGCGCUGAUCCGCUCGCCUGCACUCCAAUAUUUGAACGUCACCAACCUUUCACUCCCUCCAACCGUACUGCUGGGCGCUCACUUCCGGAAAUUAAGCCUGAAAUCGGUGAGCUGUCCUUUAGACACUGAUUCGACGUCUACCGGAUAUUCCAGUAUUUUUACCAUCACCACGCCCGUGUCCAGCAUUGCAAGCAGGUUUCAGUUCCCUCCACUAGACGCGUUGCAUCUGAAUAGCAACUUCCCACUCUAUCCCGAUUUCCCCGCCUCUCUGCUGAGGGACCUGCGGAAGCUCGUACUUGUCAACAACACUGAAGUUGACACCGUUAGAAACUGGCAAAUUCUAACCGCAGUGCGCCACACUCUCGAAGAUCUUCGCUUAGAAUAUUCCGAUCAUUCAGGUUGGUCUUCAUCAUUGCCCCUGCAAAGCACCACCUG